GGCAGGGCGGCCUGGGUUUUGGCCUCCCCCCGGUUCCCUGGAAGCGGGCCGGUGGCCAGUGCGGGAACGGCAGCAGCAGCAGAGGCGGAGGCUUCAGUGCGUCUCUCUACCCUUUAGCCUGAGCCAAGGGAGGCCAGGCAGCCCGGGUGGCUGGAGGGGGUCCGCUGCCCGAGAAUGGGAAUUCUCUUCACCAGGAUAUGGAGACUGUUCAAUCACCAGGAGCACAAAGUUAUCAUUGUUGGAUUGGAUAAUGCAGGAAAAACUACCAUCCUUUACCAAUUUUCUAUGAAUGAAGUUGUACAUACAUCCCCUACAAUAGGAAGUAAUGUAGAAGAGAUAGUGAUUAAUAAUACACGUUUCCUAAUGUGGGAUAUUGGUGGCCAAGAAUCUCUUCGUUCUUCCUGGAAUACUUAUUAUACUAACACGGAGUUUGUAAUAGUAGUUGUGGACAGUACAGACAGAGAGAGGAUUUCUGUAACUAGAGAAGAACUCUACAAAAUGUUAGCACAUGAGGACCUAAGAAAAGCUGGAUUACUGAUUUUUGCUAAUAAACAAGACGUUAAAGAAUGCAUGAGUGUAGCAGAAAUCUCCCAGUUUUUGAAGCUAACUUCUAUUAAAGAUCAUCAGUGGCAUAUCCAGGCAUGCUGUGCUCUUACUGGCGAGGGGUAAGAAGUCUUCCUAUUAGAUUAUGCCAAGGACUUGAAUGGAUGAUGUCACGACUUAAGAUUAGAUGAUCUCUACUGACCUCUUCUCAUAGACUUUGUAUAAACAAAGUGCUGGACUUUACCUGAAAGCUGCAAAAAUUAAUGGUUUAGAUAUAUUUAUAAUAAACUGAUUUCAAUUUUUUUCUAUAAGAAGAAAAAUUAAGACCACUUAUUUGAAAACAAGAUGGGAGUCUCAUCUUCCAAUUUGCUUUCUCAUUAGUUCCUUUCAAAGUACUUUAUUAAAGCUGUGAUUGACAUUUUUCUCAAUGAAUCCUCUCAGGACAAUGUAUAGCCUGUGGUAAGUACAAAGGGAGAGGAAGAUGUUUUGAACUUCAAGAGCUUUAUUAUCAGUAUACCCUUCCCCAACUGAAUGUUGUUCUCUUUUUGUUCCACUAAGUCAAAAUACAAAUCAGCACAGAUACUGUUUCCAAUAUUUUAAAUGUCAUGUUAGUUAUGAAAAAAAAAAAGUAUUUUACUUAAGGUUGUGUGUGUAUUAUGUAUAUACCUCAAGUUCAAGUUAAUGGCUUUGAUUUGUGUUCUAAAGAAAAGCAAAUAACGCAAAAAUUAGUAAUAUCCUUAGUUAUUGCCCUAAUGAGAUAAGUACUGGCAUUGGUAUUAAGUGCCAUUUUAUACUUUUCCUGUUUGUUUUCUGUAUUGUACUAAUCAAACGUCCCCUCUCCCCCAAUCAUUGAGCUGCUCUUAAGAAAAAAAAAGAUACAGGAAAAAGCUUGACAUUGUAUACCCAUUUUUGUUGAUCAGUAACACACAUAGAAAUGUGUAAUCCAACUAAGUGAAAUAUCUGUCAAAUUUUUGGCUUACCCAGUUGACAGAAUUGCACAGUGGAGCAUUGAUCAGAUUAAUCCUUGUAUUGGUCUAAAUUAUUGAAUAGAUUAUUAAUCCACUUAUAAAUCAAUCAUAAAUUGUGAUUAAAACUAUCAAGUGAUUUCUUCUUAAUUAAAAUCUAUUGUGUGAAACAUGUCUACCCAAAGAGGUAACAUUCUAUAAAUAUUAUUAAACAAUUAGCUAGAGUCUUUUUAAGUAUAAAAUUAUAUAUGUCAAGCUGUUAAAAUGAGAGUACAAGUAAUGCAUAAAAAAAUUCUGAGCAACAUUUGAAAUUUUUUAAUUUGCAGAUUUCUUAUUUCUUAUUUUAGGAUUUGGAAUCCUUUUGAGGUUUUUUUGUUGUUCUUAAGUUUUCUUUGAUCUUUCACCUUGUAAAUGCAUUGUUUAACAAUUAAUAGUGGUAAAUUUUUAAUGCUGUUGGCUGGAAAACUGAUUGGUGUAUGAUAUAUUAUUCGUACUAAGAAAUAACUUGACCCAAAAUACCUUUUGUUUGCUUAGGUUUCUUUCUUUCUUUUUAAUGUCUGAAAAUUGAAGGUAUUUUUGUCAUAAUUGUAAACAGAAUUAUCCUGUAUUAAAAUAUAUACUCUAUUUGUGUAUCUUUUAUGCCCUGAAAAUUUGAAGGUUAAUCCAUACUGGCAUGUUUUAGAACAUUCAAAAAAAGAAAUUACUUUUAAUACCAACCUUUUAAAUUUCAUGAAGAUUUUGGUAGGAAUAAUAGUAUAUACUAUAAGCAUUGACAAAACUGAAAAUUUCUUUCUAUGAAAUAUAAAAUGCUCAGUAUCUAAAUCCAAGUUGGGUGUGGUAUAUCAGUGUUAACUUUGGAUGUUUUGUGUUUUAUAUUUAUGUGCAGUGUUCAAAAUGCAAAUAUAACAUUUAAUAUUUGUCAUGCUUUUACAAAAGUGAAUUCUAAAUUACUAAGCUUUGUCCAUAUGUACUCAUACUUUUGGAAUUACUUGUUGUAUAUUAAAAAUUCCCUUAAAAACCCAAUUCUAUUUUGCAGUUUCAUCAGAAACAAAUAUCCUUUAAUAGAGUCCCAAAAUCUACACUCUUUGUCCUUUUUAUUUUUUAAUGUGAGUAAUCAUGUACUUAUCCUUGGAUUGCUGUCCUGUCAAUACAAUACAGAUACAUUCAAUUGUCAUCAAAGUGUUGGAAAAGUAUUUUAAUUGGAUGUGUAAAGAAAGCAUGCACUGCAUUAUUAAGAGGUGGUUUAGUGUAAUUGACUACUGUCAUGAUAUCAUGAGAAUGCUUGGUAUCUUACAUGACAUUAAUAAAACAUGACUUUUUUAUUUUCUACCCUUCUAGACUGAGCAUCAGAAAUAAAACAGUACCUGUGUGCUUGUAUGUAAAACCAAAAUUGCAACUGUGAAAAAAGAUAUCAUUUCUUCUAUGAAAAUAUCAAAAUCAUUUUAACAGUAUUUUUCCAAAUAAGAUGGAGAGCCUCAUGAACAGUCAUUCUGGCAAUUUAUAUGUAGUUUAAGUGGAAAUAAGCAAAGAAUAAUUCUUUUGGGUUUUUAAUGUUAUUUGGGGUUGCUCAGCUUUGGAAAGAACGAAGAUUUGUAUCUCUAUACAUGUAGCAAGAUUUAAAUACCUGUUUUGAUACUAAUUUUGAGAGUCAUAACUUCUUUUGAUAUGUUGGUAGAAAUUAAAAAUGAGCAUAUGCUAAAGCAUUAAGAUAUACUUAAUUUUGUCAUAAUAGCAUUUAUAAAGUAUAUCUUUCACAUUAUAUUAAAGAUUCUUGUUUGAAAUUUUCAGUUUUCUUUAUCUUCCUAGCACAUCGUGGCCCUCACAAUGGGCAAAGAAUACAGUGAAGACAAGUGGGGUAGGGGCAGUGGGGAGUGGGCAUUCAUUUCCUUAUAUGAUAUUUUGCCUUAAGAGUAAAAAAGUGGUUUAGCACUGUUGGUUGGCAUAUUUAAUGCAGGUGGAGAAAGUGACUUUAGAAGUAUGACACAAAAUAGAGAACAGAAGAGUUUCUGGCCUUUUAAGAAGUGCCUGGUAGGUAGAUACAGAGUCACAGAAAAGUGCAGAGAGCUUGAGGAAAGGUGUGAAGUCCUUGAGAUGUUCUUUUUCUUUUGUCUUUAGGGUAUAGUAUUAAGAUGCCUAGAAAUGGGACUGUAUUGUCUCUCUCAUGGGCACUUUACAUUUCUUGCUGUCAGUACAGCAGCCACAUACAGUACAGUCAACCUCAAAAUCUGUUUAUAAAAGUAAUGUAAAUAGAAAAAUUAUAGACAACUUUCUAGUUUUCUGUGCAGGCAGUUUUGGGAAUGUACUGUAGUCUGCUCUGCUUUGUAUAUAGGGGAAAAGAGCACAUUGUAGAUUACCUGUGACUUUUUGUCAUCUUCUCUUAAUUGCCCAGGGUAUCCUGGCCUCAAUCUCAUUUUCAGGGUUUGGGUAGAGGUAAGAUUUUUCUCAUGACUCAACUUUGAUCCCUUCCACUUCUUGCUUCAGGAUUGACCUUUCCCAUAGCUCAAUUAUCCGUUGUUCUCCUGAAGGUACACUAAACUUUGUCUAUAACCAUUAUUUCCCAAACCACUAGUUCUAAAUAGCUCAUCUAGUUUCUAGCUAUCUACCCACCAUUGCCUUUGUUUGCUUGUUUGGAUUUUGUUCAUUAAAGGGCAUUUUAAGAGUUGUUGAGUCCAUCAGAAGACCAGAUUGCAAUGUAUACAGCAUAUACGUGCCAAUAGUAGAAUCCUGUAUAUUAUACUGUAUUUAACAUUUAAUGCUUCUUAAUUUUUCAUAUGCUGCAAAAGUAGAUUCAGAAAGAUAAGAGAAAUACUUAAACUCUGCCAGUUCCUUGAGCUACUAGUAAGGUCUGGAGGAUAUUAAGUUAUAUGUGCAUUAUUUUCCCACUACCAAGAAUGGUUAUGUUUUGGAGCAUACCAGUUCAAGUAAUUUAAGUUGGAAAAAGAUACCAAAUCUUUAUGUAGUGUUUAACUUAAAGAUAUCCUUAAACCAUUGCCCACAUUCCAUUUUUCCCCCUCAUGUUUACUUAAAGAACAAAGAUCAAUAUUAGAUUUCUAAAGGAAUUAGUAAUAAGAAACUUAGUUUUACAAAAUAAGCCUAUUGGGAUGGACUUUAAAAGACAUUAGAAUAAUCAACCAUUAUGUAUUGGCUGUGUAAAUGCAGGUAUAAAAAAGAAAAAGGCCUUUAAACUUUAAAGCUCCACUUACACAAAAGAAUGUAUUAAAGAUUAUUUUAAGAUCAUGAUAGUGGAGUCAAGGAAGGCAAGCUAGAAUAGAACACUUUGCUAAAAAGUGUCUGCUUCUCUUUAACCUUAAAAUGGUAUGAAAUUUUGAAGAAAUGUAAUAGGAUACAGUUGGGUUAAUUAUGCAAUAUUUCUUAUGGAUUUUGUAGCCUUUCCUCCUUUACAUGUUGUUCUGAAAGCUAAAGUUUAAAUCUUUAUGGUAUUGUAUGCUAGAUAAUGCCAUUCUUUGGUAGAAAAUUCCCAUAGUCUGUAUCCAAGAAGUGCCUAAAAUUGAUUUGUGUUGAUUUUUAAAUCCAUCUAAUAAAUUAUGUGUUUUAUAUGGUA